AUGGAUGACCCACCUCUGUCCGCCUCUACCCUUUCUCUCUCCGAUCCUAAUUCACUCAGUCAAAGUCAAAGUCACAGUCGUAGCAUAACCAGUCCACCCGAACCUGCUUCUCCCACUUCUCCAACAGCUAGUACUUUCUUACGAACCGCCCAAACACUCGAAGGAUUGGCGGCACAAUUGGGUGAGCUGGAUGAGGGACGGGAAGAAGGGGAAGAGAAAUGUUGUUGUGGUUUGAAUGGAUGCAAGGCCGCACAAGAGAGAGAGAGGAUAGAGGAGAGGUUAAAAUUGUCCGGAGAAAUCGGGCACGCCCUAUUACAACGAUACGAAGCUCUGGAACGUAAAGCUCAACGUGAUGUGGAAAGGUUAGAACGACAGGUCGAAGCGAAACGGAUUGCAUUGUUAGAAAGUGUAAGAAGGGUCAAAAGUUUGGAUAGGGCGAGUCAGACGCAAUUACAGAAGUAUUCUGAUUUGUUGAGGAAAAUGGAAGGUUUGGAGAAGCGAUACACGCAAUCUCUCCAUACCCAAGCUCUCACACAACAAUCUCUCACACACGUUCGCAAAGAGCUCACUGCUUUGAGAGAUAGAAACAACAGACAGAGUAUGGCGUUGGCUUCUGGACAUGGGUGGGAGGAAAGGUUAGCCGAAGCGGAAAAACGAUACGAGGAUGCUAGGGAUGCGACCGAGGUAGAAGAGCAGAAAGUUAGAGAUGAGGUCAAGAAGAGAAAGAGGGCCGAGGCUCGAAUAGCCGAGCUUGAAGGUCAAUUGGAAGUCGCCAGUCGCGAGAUAGACGAGGUCAAAGAAGCUCGCGCCAAUGAUGCUCAAGACUUACUGGCCAAUGCGAAAGAACGUCUCGCCGUCCUUCACGCCGAAUUAUCCGAGACGUUCCACGCUUCUGAUCCUACCGAGACGCCAGAAUAUCAGAAAACUCUCGAGGAUCUCGUUGCUACCAACGCCCUUCUCAAACAUGACCUGGCCGAAGUAUCGGCUAUGCUCUCAUCAUCAAGGGAAGAAUCAAUCGUACUCAAAACUGAAAUAGACGAUCUACGCUCAGUGGUCGGCGUCGCGAGACGGUCAUCUCCUGACCAUUUACAAACUCGCGAUGGGGACUCUAUCGCGUCUGGACGUCUCGAUCUGGCUACUGAAUUGGCAAGAAAGGGACAUGGUAGGACAGAGUCCAGUCCAUCGUUUGCUACCUUCUCCGAUAGACUAGGCUGGGCUCGUAUGUCCAUCGGACCUGGAUCAGGAUCUCAGGCAUUAAAUGGAUGGGAGAACAGACGUAAUUCCAUGGCACACUCAUCGUAUAGUGUCUCGACGGAUUUAGCUUCACCUGGUUUAGGAUAUGGUUCUGUAGGAGAGUAUGCGGGUAGUGUGACUGGAGGUGAUGGAAUAUCAGGAGUAACCAGUCCACAGAGUGGGAGAAGUAGUCCGAAACAAAUGUUUCGUAGUAGUCCCAGUGGCGGUAUCGGAUAUGUUUUAAAUGGUGUCCCUGUCAAAACGAGUCGAUCUGUCAAAAGAAUGAGUAUUGGUAGACCAGGGGUUAAAAAUUACACAACCACAGGAGUAGAUCCUAUCGCUGAACAUUCGUCUACAGAUGUGGACGGUUCGACAACUCUGGUUGAAACGGAUCCUCCUUAUUCACCAAGUGCAUCAGAAUAUUUCAGACAAGCGGAAAUCGGUCGAAAACGUCGUUCACUCCUCCUUCAAAUUCAUCGCUCUGCUUCUCCUGAACCAUCAAUCGAUCAUGAACCAAAUUCUUCUCUCAUUGAUCCACACAUGACAGAUUUGCCUUCCCCCACAUUAGAGUUAGAAAUCAGUGGCCUACCCAACGAGAACAGGGUACAUCGUCGAACUCUGCUUCUACUCACGCGAUCCAGAGGUGUACAGACGGACAUCUCCAAUAUGGGCAUUAGAGCGGUGUCGGGAUCUGGCCUCGAUGCUUCUACGGCAUCUCCUCUAACGGUGGAACAACGAUCGGAAACUUCUUCCUUGCACGAUGGAAAGAAUACCUUAGCAUCUCUUAUCGAAUGGCUCGCCAAAUUACUCGUCCGUCUACAUGCCGCAGAUAUACCCUCACUCAACAAACGUCUCAAGGCUCAACGACUACCAGGUGAUGUUGGCCAUCUCUCCCAGUCGACUCUGAAGACUCUUUCCGGUGAAGUUUCUAAUUUACGUCAUCACUUCCGCGGUCUAUUGGAUGUCUCAACGGCAUCGAGAAAAGAGAUGAUCUUACUUUUCAAAUUACUCAAGGACGUCUUCACCGACUUGAUCGAAUUACAAAGUGUUCUGAAUGAUGUGACUAUCGACCCCUCUCUUGCCAAACGUCUUCAUAGGAAAGCAUUACAAGAUGAGGAAGAAGUGACAGCCAAAGCGGCUGGUGGAGGUUUAGGAUGGAUUGCAGCUCCCAUCACCAAGUUAUUCACCAAUCCAACACCAGAGACAACAUCUAUUCAACCUAGCAAGACCGACGGUGGGAUAUCAGCUCCUAUGGCUGUUCGUGCAGUUCCGAAACAAAUAGCUUCCAUUUCAGCCACUACGACACACGUAUCCGUUGAAGCUGGGGCGGCCAUAGCUCGACCUAUCACUACUCGACCGCCCCUCCCCACCAUCUCAAACAAAGUGGUUGAUGUUCUUCCUCCUUCCCCAAGUCCUCAAGACUUAGUGUCUGACGACUCUACCUCUCUCGCCCCUAAUCCCGCACUUCUUCAAGUGAGAACGCUUCGUUCCAGUCCAAGUCGAGUGAACAGGUCGGACCUAUUGGGUAUCUUUGCCGGUGCUCAACCUCGUCCCUCAACACCGACUUCUGGUUCUUGGCAAGUACUCGCUCACCCAUCCAUACCUUCUAGUUCUACUUCUGGACGUGCCGGUCUUCGGAUCGCAAGUUCUCAAUACUUUGGUGAUCGUUCCAAUAAACAUCCUCGUGACUCUCCUACACAACGAAAGAGGUUAUCAGCUAUGGUAGAUGCUGUUAUCGAUCCCACCGCCGAUCAACUUGACGAAUCAGGGACCGAUCCUUUGGAAGAUCGUCCCCCUUCCCCAUUAUUGCAAAGAACAUUACGACCGAGAGGAUUAUCAGACUCCAGUAUCCGUUCCACUUUUGUCAGUCAAGCGGCUAUACAAGUUGAUCUCACUGCUCCAGCACCACGAAUGGGACGGUCUGUGGAGAAACGCGGAAUGUUAGAAACUUUUUCUAGAUUUUGGAUGACAAGACCUACUACACCUCCUCCACCUUCAACAACUACCUCAGCUCCUCAAAGAGAAGAAAUAGGGGGAACACCACCGAUCCCAACUGUAUCACUUAAUCCUCCAACACCGGCAAGACCAAUACCGGUAUUGAAACGACCGAAAGAGAUAACGAGCAAGCCAAUGGCGUUGUCUCCGACUUUGGCAGCAUCGCCAGGAGCGGCAGUAGGUGGAGGAUUCUUGGGUAUGCUGGCUAGUAGUUUUGUAGGGACGGGAACCGAGGGUGGAAAUAGGAUGGAAGAAGGGGAAGAUAUGGGUGCUACUUUGAGACGGCCAGUCGUCGGUCCGAGGAAUUUACAGAGGAGUAGGGUAUGA